GUCGGAGCUGAGGCGGAGUCCCUGAACGCACCGUGUCUGGAGUACACUCACGGUGAGUGACAGUCCACGUUUACCACGAGACGAGGACGCUGCGUGGGAUUUAACGACUCUGACAACAAAAACAACGCUCGGAAAGGCGAGUAGUUGGAAGAGUAGUCCUACUAGUGGAAGAGGGGGAGCCCCGUGACGUUUUGAGCCGCACGCGCUCGUUUGGAAAACUUGCAGAAGAAGAAGAAAUUAGAGGACGCGUUCGCUCGCGUGCCCUCGGUGGAGAACGAUGUGAGGGGAAACGAAAAAAAUAAAACGGGGAAAAAAAAAAAAGCAUAAAAAACACAAGUUUACGUUAAAUUGGUGGAAAAGUCAUGGAGAGCCAAGUGGGCGAGCAACACGGCGUCGAGGACGUCCGGAAGAGCGGAUACCUCCGUAAACAGAAGUCCAUGCACCGGCGCUACUUCGUCCUCCGCGCCGCCUCGGAGCGCGGUCCGGCCCGGCUGGAGUACUACGAGAGCGAGAAGAAGUUCCGCGGCAAGGCGCCGGUGCCCAAACGGGCCGUGCUGCUGGAGACCUGCUUCAACAUCAACAAGCGGGCUGACUCCAAGAACAAGCACAUGAUCGUGCUGUACACACGCGCCGAGAGCUUCGCCGUGGCCGCGGACAACGAGGCGGACCAGGACGAGUGGUACCAGGCCAUGGUGGAGCUGCAGUGCAAAAGUAAGAACCUCACUGACAGUGGCGCAGCAGGGGACUAUGGAGUGCCCAAUCCUGGACCAGCCUUCAAAGAGGUGUGGCAGGUGAAGGUGUGGCCCAAGGGCUUGGGUCAGGCGAAAAACCUUGUGGGUAUCUACCGCCUUUGCCUAACUGAGAAGACUGUCAACUUUGUCAAGCUCAACUCUGAUGCCGCUGCUGUCGUGCUGCAGCUGAUGAAUGUCAGACGCUGUGGCCAUUCAGAAAACUUCUUCUUUGUUGAGGUGGGCCGCUCUGCCGUGACGGGUCAAGGAGAGUUUUGGAUGCAGGUGGAUGAUUCAGUGGUGGCUCAGAACAUGCAUGAAACCUUGCUAGAGGCUAUGAAGGCACUGAGCGAGGAAUUCCGUCAACGCAGCAAGUCUCAGUCAAACUCCGGCCCUGGAGGGGGUGCCACUGCGUCUAAUCCCAUCAGUGUCCCCUCACGUCGUCACCAUCCAAACCCUCCCCCAAGCCAGGUGGGCUUCAUUCGUCGACCUAGGACUGAGCCUCCUUUAGGAGCUAAUAGUGGAGCAGGAGUAACCAGUGCCAGCGCUUCUCCCACUCCACGGCAUAGCUUUCCAAGGUCUUGCACUGCCAGUGAUGGGGGUAAAGCUGAAGAAGGGGUCACGGGCUCUACACCUCUCCCAGGUCCAACCUCCAGCCCCUCUACCAAUGGCUCCUGCUCCACUACCCCAAUCCUCAGGUCCAUGUCGGCCCGCUCAACCCCCGCCACAGCUGCUAAAACACCCCUUGGGCUGAUGCGCUCCAUUUCAACUCCAGCACCAUCCCCAGCCCCGACUCUCUCUUCUGGUGCUGUGCAUGGAUCAGACUUUGGAGGGUUAGUAUCUUCUGCUGUUGCUGGGCCUGGGUCUGGUCCCUACAGUCGUGUUCCCAUGCAUCAUACCUCUAUCUCAUGUUCACCCAGUGACUAUGGCUCGUCAGAUGAGUAUGGCUCGAGUCCUGGAGAUCAUGCACUUCUUUCCCCUGCCAGCCUUCCUGGAAGCUCUGUUGGCAGUGCCAGCAGCCAGUUCAUUGGUGAGGAAGUAGCCAACUAUAUUGUCAUGGGCCAGCGUGAUUCUGGCAGCAGUGGCAACAGUAAUCAAGAUGGCUUAGCAUCCAGCUCUCUCCCAGCAUCAGGCUCACCAGCAUGCAACUCUCAGCCACAGACCAGGAGAGUGUUGCGGCGAUCAUCAAGCCGGGAAUGUGAAGCUGAGCGUCAGCUACUGAGUAAGCGGGCAUCUUUGCCACCUAUGGCCCUGGAAAGGCUUGCUCCACGUCAGCACAAAGGAGAAGACAUGACUGAUGAAGAGUCAGCUGAUUAUGCAAUCAUGUCACGGAGUGUUAGCCGCGAGUCCUUCACUUCUAGCUCUUCAUCCACACAAAAGGAUUCUUCUGUGGGUGUGGGAUCAGCAGGGGGAGGGGGAGGGUACCUGGAUGUUGCGGGCGAGUUCAGAGGUGAAGGGAGUGAGAGUGGAGGACCAGGUGGUGGUGGAGAUUUAGGUGUAGACAAUGGGUACAUGUCUAUGCUGCCUGGAGUCACUCGGCCUCCAGUAACUCUUUCCCAAUCACUGUCUGUCUCUGUCCCUGAGUCAGAUUCCAAAGCUGCUGAUGAUUAUAUGGCCAUGACCCCAAACAACAGUGUGUCGCCCCCACAGCAGAUCAAAGUUCCACCAACCUCUGAUGGCUAUAUGAUAAUGUCCCCAAAUAGUAGCUGCUCCCCUGACCAGUGCGGCAGUCUUUCUGGAGGGGCUUGGGUGGGUAGUAGCAGUGCAGACAGCAGGGCAGGCAGUGAUUAUAUGAACAUGUCUCCAAUCAGUGCACGUUCUGUAAAUGGCAGCCCGCCACCUGCUGAUCAUACCACUCAGUUAGAUGCCAGUUCUCAGCUUCAAGCUCCCAAGAUGGUGUACUCAUACUACUCCCUACCUCGGUCAUAUAAACAUAGCCCCUCUACAGGGCAAUUUGAUGAGGGGCCUGGACGAGGCAGAAGGCCCAUUAGGAGUGGUAGUAUGGGAAUGAGUGGCAGUAGAGCAAGGGGAGGGCAUCAGGAGCGACUUUCAGCAGGCACUUCAGUGGUUGGACGCCACUUGUCACUGUCCUCUUCCUCAUAUUCCUCCAGCUCAGCCAGCAGUGAAAGCCUUGGCGAGAAUGAUGAACGCCCUGCCAAGGCGUUGAGUGCCAUGCUUGGGGAAGCUAAGUUCAAAGACAAGGGUAAACUUCAGCAGAAAAGUAGCUCUGGGGGGUUGUCCAUGCAUAGUAGUCUCUCUAAAAGCAGGCCAGUUAGCUUGUAUGUUGACGUGUCCAAGGCUAAUACCCUUCCGAGAGUUCGUGAGAACCCCUUGCCUGCAGAACCCAAGAGCCCUGGGGAGUACGUUAGCAUUGAGUUUAAGGGGGAGGAAUGCAGCAAGGCUGGAGGUGGAGGCAGCCGUGGUAGAGGUUUCAGGAAUGGUUUAUCACUGUCUCAUGACUCAAACAAGCAAAUUUCUGAACACAUGCAAUCUUCUUGUGUUGGGAGCUUCAUCCCCCUCCCUCAAAGCCCAUGUCCUCCCAUCACUCCCCCAGUUGCCUCAGAGUACGUCAACAUGGACUUGGGCCCUUCCCAAUCUCCCUCGCCCCUCUCAGUACCUCCAAUUGUUUUCCCCUCCUUUCACACCCCUCCAACACCUCCCACUCUCUCUCAUGCUCCAAAAGCCUGUGAUAUGGAACCAACAUGUCCUUGUGAAGAGGAAGCUGUGACAGCAGAGACACCACUGAGGACAGGCAGAGAGACUGUUCUAUUAAACUCGGAAUCUGAGUCCCCCACAUCCUCUGGAGACUACACAGUGAUGGCCUACAGCUUGAACAGCAAAACUGCCCCAAAAACAUCAAUAAGUAUUUCCCCAACAGCCACUUCCCCCACCAGGACUGAUACUUCUGUUCCAGUGCAUUCACUGGGUUUGGACUUUCCGCUACCUAAACCAAGCUCCAAUCCUGACCUUGGGGCAAAAGUUAUCCGGGCUGAUCCUCAAGGACGCAGACGGCACUGCUCAGAAACCUUCCUUGCUUCUCCUUCUCUCACCAACUGUAACUCUUCUUCAUCUUCAUCCACUACGUCCCUCUUCCCAGAACAUUCUCAAACGGUGGCUCGCCGAUUGGGCUUUGAAAGCAUGCUGUGGGGGAAUGGUUCUGUGACUGAUACACCCCCUCAGUUCUUUCUCCCUGGACAGCAACCCCUUGCCACGAACACUCAGAACUCCUCCACAGAGCAAGGCCUCAAUUACAUAGAUUUGGACUUGGCUAACAAAGAGAGACCCCAUUUGGGUUUAGACGGUGCCUCUGGUAGUCAGGCUCCUUCUCUGCUUUUCUCUGCAUUGGCUGGGAGUUCCGCGGUCGGAGGAGUGGGUGCAGCAGUCGGUAGUAGCACCAGCCUCAACACUUACGCCAGCAUUGACUUCUACAAAUCAGAAGAACUGCGGACGCAUCAGAAUGGAAACGAGGGAACAGAUGCUCUUUGGGCUUUCCAUGGUGUGGACAAGGUUUCAAACGGAGACCUUCCAGGAAUGCGUAUCUAUGAAAAGUGCUGACGUCAGCUUGUGGUUCUUGGGGAAACGACCUCUUCAGACAGCUUCGUCGCUACGCCUCUUCCUCGCGUGACUGCCAGGCCAUAUCGAACCAGCAAGUGGAUGGGACGCCUGGACCCCAAAGCAGUUCAAUUAAGACUGGAGACCUCUUCACGUUCAUCUGGUUGGUUAUGGAAACCAACGUGUGCCAAAUGACAUUCUUAAAAGCUAUUUGCUGCUCUCAUUCCUUGAGUGAAAGCCAAUCACAAAAGGGUACAAAAACAAACCAGACUUUCUUUUUUGUCGAGAGAGAAGAACUUUAAUCGUAGCGAUAAUGGCUGUCAAUUUAGAGUGUGAAAAUAUAUAGAAUACAGUAGUCAAGAUUGGCCAUGCUUGCCUUUUUGUUUUGUUUUUUUCUAUUCCAUUUUUUGUGAUAAUGAGUUAAUUUUGUCAUUAUCUCUACAUAAAAGUUCAUUUUCUUGCAGUAAGUUAAUUUAUCUUAUUGCGAGAAGAUAAAGGGUCGAUUUCUCAAGCUAAUGAGAAGACUCUAAGGGUACGCCAAUCUGAUAUUUUGGCUCGUAUCAGUCCGAUAUCGGCCAAAAUUACUGGAUCGGUUAUCGGGAAUUUAAAAAAUAAAAAUCGGAUCUGAGGCUUCUGUUGCACAUCUGAGUCGUGUUGUCGGCUCUGUAUGUUUUCCUUGAGGGGAGUUGAAUGUUUUGUUUCACAGUUUGUUUUGUUAUUUGGCUAGGUUAGCAAAGUACAACCUGACAAAUGUAUUUAUUAACAAAUUAUUUGUUUGUAAUUCAGGGAAUCCUAUCAGAUUGAUAUCAAAAUCUGCAUAUACUGAAAGUUUGGGAAAGUGGCAUUGUGCCAUCACUAGACAAUUUGUCACCAAAACAAAUAAGAUAUAUUAUCCCCGAGAUUGUAAAACACUUAACUCACGAUCUCUAGAUAACAAUAUUUUUUUAAUUUUAAAGAAAUUGUGAACGUGGCCUUUCUCAGCUUAUGUAGAAUUUGAGAUCUACUCAGAAGUGCCUCAUUUUCAGAUUGUAGCCAUUUAACGAAAUCUUCAACCUUGCCUCAAAUUAAACAAACUUUUGAGGUACGUUUUGUGCUCAACUUGAUGUAAUAACAGCCGUCGCAGCUAAUUAUAUUGUUAAGGUGCAUAGCACUGGUGUAAGCUUUUUGGUUUUGCUGAUGAUACUGGUACUAGCUCUCUGCUAGCCUUACUGUCUACUGUGAGAAAUGUUAGCGUAGCUGCUGUUAGCUUCUUACUCAUUAGAAGUUGUGCUGCUUUUAGCCUCUUCUCAGUCCUCUCUUUUUUCCUCACCAUUUUUAUGUUUAAUUUAGCCAUACAGGUAAGGUAUUAAAUGCAAAUUUGAAACAAAGGGAACUUUUAGCAGGGAGUACUCCUGCUAGCUAAAGCCAGCUAUGUCAGAUUAACAUUAAGUGCAUAAGGAUGUAAAUUCACCAUCCUGCUGACUCCAGCUCAUGAUGAAACCCCAAGCAAUCCCAUUAGUGUUGUUAGCUUCAGGCACUUGUGUGUCACUUAAUCCCCCUUCAUCUCAGGAUGCUAAAUAACAUACAGUACAGACUGCUAAGGAUAGAGGCCCUAUCAAUAGCAUGCUAAUUCUAACUUAACAGCAGCACUCAGGGUGGUUUGUCCUCGUUUCAGUAAAGUUACUCCAGAAAAAUAAGUGAACACAUUUGUUUCUAAUUGUUUUAAGGUUAAAAAGAGUUUUUUUACAUUUUCUAAAUCUUAAACGGCCACUUGGCUGAAUUCAAAGCACCAAACUCUGGUUUUGGACUCUGUUACUUCAAUCUCCGCUAUGCAUCAGCACUUAAGUGCCUAUCUGUGUUUUGUUUUGUUUUUUCCCCCCAUUCUUCCUACCCCGUAUUAGCAGCUAGCACUAUUAGCGAAAUGUAUCGUAUACAGUUCUCAUUAAAUGACCUGAUUAUGUUCAUUCAGAGUUGCAGUAAAUUAUCAGAUAAUUUGACUGACAGAUGUGACUCCACUUGGAGGACAGUUGGACAGUUUUACUUUGCCUAGUAACAGAGGACUUUGUUCCUGGGCCCUCGGUGCCAAAAUACAACAUGGGAGUACACCGUCCUCACCGGCGGCACCUUGUAAUCCAACAACCAACAGUGCUGAAGUCUUGUUUUGUUCUAAAUAUGUAACCUUCUGGUUUUCUCCCAUUGUUUUCAUAAGACGUGUGGAAAAACAGAUACAGCUUGCCUAUCAGUCUGCUGAUUUGACACAUGGAAUAAAUGCUGUCGA